UGCCUGCACUACGUCAUGCGCUUCUAGAACGUCAGUCCAGUACGAACCAUGUCUUUCUGGAAGUCGUUUUAAGGGUUCCUCAGGUCCCCAUAUGAUCAAGUCCCGAGAAUAAAAUACAUUUGUUCAUUCUCUCUUCCAAGCAUUCCCCAGCCGGAAAUUUCGUACUAGUUUAUGAACCAGGCCAAGCCAACCGAGAUGGAUACGGAAAAGAACAAGCGUCUCUUGAACCGAUAUGGAAUCCUUCCAAAGCGAGGCAAUCUUCUCAACCACCAACUAGAAGGAAGAAAAUACUUUGACUCGGGAGACUUCGCUCUGAACCAAGCUCACCGACCAUCUAACAUUGGCAAAGUCACAACAGGUCGCGAACAUCCAAUCCGUCAAGAUAUAUCAGAGCCCUCUAGUUCCGUCCCGAGUUCAAGCAAUAUUGAAGAUGACGCAAACCAACAAUCAUCAGCUAGACGGAGAAGUACAGAGGUCAAGAUUCACGCCCAAACUCACCUUCAACAGGAGAUGGAAAGCCCUCCUGAGAAUGAACAUCAUGGUGCAGAAGAGAGAAACAAUGGGUAGGUUACUAUUGAAAUGGUACGUGGUCAGCAAAUAUGACUCAGUCUGCAAGCAUGCGAGGAUGUUCUUGUUAAAUAGCAAAAAUGGAUACUCAUCCAGAGCCUAUUGAGACCUAUUUCUCAACAGUUCUCUAUGUAAUUUUAGCUCAUUAAGCACAAUACUCUUUAGACAUGAAGCCAUCAAGGCAAGAAGAUCAAACCUCGGUCGCUUCUCACGCCUUAGUCUGCAUGGGGUUUGCCAGAUUUACAUCAUUAGAAGCGUAAUUGGUUUA